AUGGACUGGUCCUUCUCGAUGGGCAUAAAUAGGGACUGCAAGAAAGCGACCAUCGGUAUCCUCCUCUUCACCAUUUUUUCGUUCUGCUACAAACUGCCAUGUCUUCUGCUACAUUCCGGCGCCAGUUGUCGGCAGCACGUCUUCAGCAGACCGCACUGCGGCCACGAGCAACCCGUUUACACUCCCUCCUCCCGUCUACGCUGGUCCUGGUCUAUCAGCCACCCGACCCUUGAGGCAUGGGGGAUUCCGAAUCGCAGCAUCGCAAAGCGCACAUAUGCUCUGCGGUCUGGUGAUACUAACAUCAACAGCCAGGAUGAUGUCAAAGAAGCGAUCAAGAGCGCCCAGAAGGCCUCCUCGGAGACCCGGAGUCUUCUGUCAACCGCCCAAUCCAGGCUUGAAUCCUCGAAGAGUGAUCUGUCCACACUUCCCAACAAGCCAUACGAGAACCUGGCAGCGUUUACAAAACACUUGGUCCAAGUUGCGAAUGGGGCCGAGAAGCCCAACUUCUCGGCGCUGGCCCAAAACACAGCCGAUGCGUUCAGCAGCGCCCUGGCCACGACGGGGAGACUGAUCGAUACGCUCGGCAAGAUGCAGGCAUCCUUGACCAACCAAGGGGCAUCACUCUCCUCGCACAACAAGCGCCUCGAAUCCGCCAAACGCUUCCUCGCGACCGAAAAGUCCAACCAGGAACGACGCAGAAACGAUGCCACCAACCAAAGGGACAGCGCCCAGAGCCGCAUCAACCAAACCACAGACAAGAUCAACGAGCUCCGCCGCAAGAUCGACAACCCCUGGAGCGACUGGAAGUACAAGCAAGCCAUGGAAUGGGUCGGCGCCGGCAUCCGCGACCCGCGGUUCCGCGAGAUCUACGGCUCCGACCACCAGGCGCAGGCGCUGCUGAAGGCCUGGACGGAUGAGUGGAAGUCCAACGAGGUGCAGAAGAAGGUGUAUGAGCGCGACCGCAGCAACGCACAGGGGAACUACGAUGACGCGGCGCAGCGCAUGCGCGAGGCGGACGAGCAGAUCCGGGAGGUGAAUCGCUUCGCGACGCAGAUCGCGCAGGAAGUCUCGCGCACGGAUGCAGUACGCAUCGACUUGGAUAACACGACGUCGGCGCUGGUGCGGGCGCGUAGCUCCCUGUCCCAGAUCCAUCCCGCGCUGGCGGAUAUGACGGCCAUCGCGCGAGAGUCGUUCAAGCCCCGCUACCACAGGACGUUUGCGCGGUCGGUCAUGCGUGUUUUGUUGGCAACACCGAAUCUACCAGCGUUUAACCGCGGCCUGGGGCCGGUGGCUGAGUUAUUGAAGCAGCUGCCAGCAAAGGUGCUGGAUGGAGAGGCGGAUCCGGAUGACUAUGGCACUCCGGAGCCUCCAUUGCGAGGACUCUUUCAGGAGGUUCAGAACCGUUUGAGGUUGAAGUAG